GAUGUUUACCUGUUUUUGCAGAUGCCCUACCCCAAGUGUUAAAAUGUACCACAGACAGCAGCAGGUUUGUGAGCCUGUCAGCCUGCAGACUUCUCGCCUCGGCUCUGGUCCUUUCCUGCAGUUUCACAGACCCACCUGUCACCACGGCAACACAGCAUCCGGCCAGCCCCAACCCACCUGUCACCACGGCAACACAGCAUCCAUCCAGCCCCAACCCACCUGUCACCAUGGCAACACAGCAUAUGACAGCCCUGGCCAGUUCAAUAGCAACAAUUUUGUCCUACCUUGAUGAUCAGUUAAACAGCACUGUCCCAGAAUGCACAGCAGCAGGGUUAAAGGUGAUUGCAGAGGUGUGGAGGUUGAAUUCAGGACAACAACUGACCUCUGACCCUGUGAGGAAAUGUCAGCUGACCUGUGACCCCAUGAGGAGAUGGUUCCCCCUGCUGAGGUCAGACAGCCAGGAGGUCAGAAAAGCUGCACAGGAUGUUCUACAGGCAGUUCUGCACCAGGACAGCAGCACAGCUGAUGCUGUUCCUGACCUUGAGACAUUGCUGUCUCUGCCUGCUGUUCUUGCUGACCUGAGGGAGGUUGGACAGUUCACAGCUGUGCUUUGUGUUCCCCCACCCCUGCCAAGGAGCUUUCCCCAGGAUUACUAUCAUAGUCUGCUGCAGCAAAUCCUGCAGCCCCUGCAGCAAACCCUGCAGCCACAGCAGCAAACCCUGCAGCCACAGCAGCAAAUCCUGCAACCCCUGCAGCAAGCCCUACAGCCACAGCAGCAAACCCUACAGCUACAGCAGCAGGCUCUUCAACCAGGGCAGUCCCGCACAGCCGUGGUGUCUGCUGUCUGCUGCAGUCUGUCUGCGCUGGAGACCUUCAUCACCAAGGGGUGUAUUUGUGGCGAUCAGCAACAGGUAGCACAGGUGUUGACUCAACUGGCAGGUGUUGUAUCAGCAUCAGCUGGAACAGGUGCGCCAGAUGCAGCUGCCCUGCUGAAAGGGAACCCGCGUGUCAUCAAGGCAGCAGCUCAGACUCUGAUGUGCCUUGUCACACACACAGAUGUUGGUUCGGACCCCGUCCUGAAGGAAGUGCUGACCAGCCUUGUGUGUAUCCUGGACCGGCCUGAAGCAGACUGCAUGGUGGUGUGCAAGUGUCUGCAGCUGAUCGCUACCCUAAUGAGGAAGUCCCCAGCAGCAGCAGACUGGGUUUUAUCCCACCCAGCGACCCACGCUGGUGAAGCAACCCAUGCUGGGCUGUCUGCAGUUCUGCAGCGGCGCCUGUGCGACCCACGCUGGGAGAUCUGCGAUUCUGUGUUCGAGUUCCUGACAGCUGUGAUGGAAGGCAAAAAAGACAACGGCCUGAUUGCAUCCUGGCUGGUGCAGGCUGGUUUCCAUGGCAACAUCUGGGACUGUGUUCAGAGUGGUUCUGGCUACACUCAGGCCUCCGCACUGGCAGCACUUGCACGAUGCCCCCUCACAGCUACAGCACCCGUACAAGGCCCCCUCACAGCUACAGCACCCGUACAAGGCCCCCUCACAGCUACACCCACCUCAGCGCCCGCACGGAGCCCCAACAUAUCUACUGUGUUGGACGCUCUGCUGAGCAAUGCACAUAUCAGUCAGGAAGAGCUGCUGGACACCUUGGUGCAGAUCGUUGGCUCUGAUGUGGACACCGCCGUGAGAACAGCCGCCAUCGGGUGCCUGUCCUUGUGGGUGCAGGAGUGUGAUGGGCUCAGACAGGCAAUCUUCACAUCCUCCAAUGAACAACAACAACAACAACAAAAGGAAGAGCAACAAAAACAACAAAAUGAAGAGCAACAACAAAAUGAAGAGCAACAACAAAACCAACAGCAAAACCAGCAGCAACAACAGCAACAGCAACACCAGCAGCACCAAAACCAACAGCAACACCAGCAGCACCAAAACCAACAGCAACAACACAGUGCAGAGGCCCUCCAGCCCCACAGAGUAGCAGAAGCUAUUGUAGGUCAGGCGACCUAUGACCUGGUUGUGAACUGCACCAACAGGUCACCAGAGGUCAGACAGCUGCCAUUAGCUGCUGCCCAGAGUGAGCUGAUGACCAAUCACCAGCCCAGCCAAGUGUUGCAGAUCCUACAGGCUGUGACCAAGGACCUGGACUGGGAGGUGAAACUGGCAGCACUGGGUUUCUGGGAACACGUGAUUGCACUCUACCUUCCUGGGUAUGCAGCAGGAUCAGUGGUGCAGGGUUCUAAUCCAUGUAGCUCUGCAGCUGAAUCAGUGGUGCAGGGUUCUAAUCCAUGUAGCUCUGCAGCUGGAUCAGUGGUGCAGGGUUCUAAUCCAUGUAGCUCCGCAGCUGAAUCAGUGGUGCAGGGUUCUAAUCCAUGUAGCUCUGCAGAUGGAUCAAUGGUACAGGGUUCUAAUCCAUGUAGCUCUGCAGCUGAAUCAGUGGUGCAGGGUUCUAAUCCAUGUAGCUCUGCAGCUGAAUCAGUGGUGCAGGGUUCUAAUCCAUGUAGAUCUGCAGCUGGAUCAGUGGUGCAGGGUUCCAAUCCAUGUAGCUCUGCAGCAGGAUCAGUGGUGCAGGGUUCUAAUCCAUGUAGCUCUGCAGCUGAAUCAGUGGUGCAGGGUUCUAAUCCAUGUAGCUCUGCAGCAGGAUCAGUGGUGCAGGGUUCCAAUCCAUGUAGCUCUGCAGCUGGAUCAAUGGUGCAGGGUUCUCCACCACAAGGCCCUGAUGUUCAAAGCCUCAGACAUGAGGCCGUUGAUGCGGAAGUGAGACUUGCCCUGAAGAAGCUGUCCUCUCACGGCUGCCUGCAGCUGCUGGUGGAGGCUGCGGAUGACUACGACAGGCAAGUAGCACAGAAGGCCUGCAGGAUGCUGACUCAGCUGAAAGCAGUGGUUUCUCACCAACAUCUGGAAGAACAGGAACAUUUCCUUACGUACCUCAGGGAGACAGAUUUUGAGGAGAUUCUUGCACAGGAAACGGGAGGAGACAGCUUGCAGUCUUUGUUGGAGGACAUCUUGUCUGGAGCCAGGCGGAGAGAAGGCAACCAGAAGGACUGCUAUGAUGACUAA